CCACAACUCGACGCCGCGACUACAAAUUCGUUUCUCGAGUUAAAACGAGGACUAGUUCUCUUUCGCGUGUGAUAUACGGUUAACCCCUGCAGGGAGCUGGGCCCCAAAUUCCAAGCGCUUGAGAAAGAACGCCGGCUUGCAAUUCGGCUGGCUGGGACGGGACUGGACGCGACGGGACAGCGAAACCAGUCUCGAACCCAGAUGAGCUCUACCCUUCCAAGAUCAUAAAAAUUUUGGGGUUUUCUCGCAGAAACGGAAGAAGGACACGGAGCAACCUAGAACUGGAACCGGCACAAAUCAAUUUACCAACGAAGUUAAACAGUAGAGAGGAUCUUGACAAGAUGUCCUUCAGAACAGCCCAAAUCCGCCUCGUUAGUUCACAUCGUGAGGUUUACGAACCGUGUGAUGAUUCAUUUGCACUAGUUGAUGCACUUCUGGCUGAUAGAAAAAACCUUUUAGAGCAUCAUCCAACGUUGUGCAUGGAAGUGGGUUGUGGAAGUGGGUAUAUUAUUACAUCUUUAGCUCUUAUGCUUGGACAGGAGGCUCCUGGGGUCCACUAUAUUGCUACUGAUAUCAACCCUCAUGCAGUGAGGGUGACCAGUGAGACCCUAGAAGCACAUGGUGUUCAUUCAGAGUUGAUCACAACAGACAUUGCAUCAGGACUGGAGAAGCGUCUGGCCGGAUUGGUUGAUGUAAUGGUUGUGAAUCCACCAUAUGUGCCAACCCCUGAAGAUGAAGUUGGUCGUGAAGGAAUUGCCUCUGCUUGGGCGGGCGGGGAGAAUGGCCGGAGUGUUAUCGAUAAGAUAUUGCCAAUUGCAGACAAUCUAUUGUCAAAUAAGGGCUGGUUGUACAUGGUCACGCUUACAGCUAACAAUCCCUCAGAGAUUUGUCUUCGAAUGAGACAGAAGGGAUAUGCUGCUAGAAUUGUCGUCCAAAGAUCAACAGAAGAAGAGUCUCUCCAUGUCAUAAAGUUCUGGCGGGAUUUUGAUACUCGGGUAGAUUCAAAGGAAAUGACGGUGACAAACAAAACAGUUCCUGCAAGAGUUAUGGAGUCCUUGGUCUCACAAUUUCCUCUAUCUGCAUUCUGGAGAAGCGGGCCACAGUAACUUAUAAAUGAGUGAGGCAACAUAUUCGACCUCGGUUCAAUGAAGAAUUAUUGUUUUGAGUUUGUUGCAGUUGGGAUUGCUGAAUGUUUUUAUUUUAUGUAAAAGAAAAGGCUCGUUUCAUGUCA